ACUAUUGACAGACUCACUCCUGCAACAGCAACACAUGGUAAAUUAGCAUGAAACUGGUAUUACCCAACCCAGGUCUGGAUCUCCGGAUCCCCAGCUAUGAGGAUCUGGAAAGGAUGGAGCAGGAGGAGGUCGCUGACAGGCCAAAGUGGGACAACAAGGCCCAGUACAUCCUAACUUGUGUGGGCUUCUGCAUUGGAAUUGGCAAUGUGUGGCGAUUCCCGUACUUGUGUCAAACUCAUGGAGGAGGAGCCUUUCUGAUUCCCUACCUAAUCUUACUGGUUCUGGAGGGAAUGCCUCUUCUGCUGCUGGAGUUUGCCAUCGGCCAGCGUCUCAGGAAAGGUAGUGUUGGCGUCUGGAGAUCCAUCAACCCCUAUCUGACUGGUAUAGGGAUCUCCUCCAUGUUGGUGUCUUUAUUAAUUGGGUUGUACUACAACACAUUGAUAGCCUGGAUCUUGUGGUAUUUCUUCAACUCCUUUCAAGACCCCCUACCCUGGACCCAGUGUCCUCUCAAUGACAAUAGUACAGAAUAUGUACCUGAGUGCCAGCAGAGCUCCACUGUGGAUUAUUACUUUUAUAGAGUGACUCUGAACAGUUCAACCUCCAUAGAUAACUCUGAAGGCAUCCAUUGGCCCAUGGUGGUCUGUCUGUUAGCUGCCUGGACGAUAAUCUGCAUUGCCUAUAUACGAGGGAUCAAUACAUCAGGAAAGGCAGUCUACGUCACAGCCAUCUUGCCUUACGUAGUGUUGGCCAUCUUCCUUAUCCGAGGACUGACUCUGAAAGGUGCCCUGAGUGGAUUAGAAUACCUCUUCACCCCAGAUGUGUGUUUCUAAUUUUUAUGUAGGGGGGCAAUCCACAGAUGCCGUAAUACAAAUCUGCAUCACCCCGUACUGUUUGUUUCCUUCUUGCAGGUGAAUGAGUUGACUAAACCAACAACGUGGCUGGACGCUGGUGCUCAGGUCUUUUAUGCCUUUAGCAUAGCAUGGGGAGGCCUGAUCUCCUUCUCAAGUUACAAUCCUAUUCACAACAAUUGCAUGAAGGAUGCUGUGAUCCUGACUGCUGUGACUGGUCUCACCUCAGUCUAUGCUGCCACUGUCACAUACACCAUCAUUGGCUUCAGGGCCACUGAAAAUUAUGACACUUGUAUGAGUGAAAACAUCAAAACUUUGUUAAACACAUUUGAGCUUCCUGAGGUCAACAUCACUACAAACAACUAUGACGCAGUCUUUAAUGAGCUGAACAGCUCCUAUCCAGACAUCGUUCUUGGACUGGACAUCCGAACUUGUGACAUGCAGAAACUUCUCAGUGAGGGAGUGGAGGGAACAGGUCUGGCUUUCAUUGUUUUCACUGAGGCCAUCACCAAGAUGCCCGGCGCCCCGAUUUGGUCUGUGCUCUUUUUUGUCAUGCUUCUCUGCCUGGGACUCUCAACGUUGUUUGGCAACAUAGAGGGAGUGGUGGUCCCACUGAAAGAUUUGAACGUGUUACCUAAAACAUGGCCCCAAGAAGCUCUGACGGGAGUGACCUGCAUAGCAGCUUUUAUCAUCUGUUUACUGUUUGCACAGCCUUCUGGGAUUUAUUGGGUAACGCUCUUUGACAACUUUGCUGGAUCAGUCCCUCUUCUGACCAUUGGAUUGUUUGAGUUGAUUGCUGUUGUUCACAUCUACGGCAUCGACAGGUUCAACAAAGACAUGCAGUUCAUGAUUGGGCAUAAACCAUCCAUCUUCUGGCAGGUUUCAUGGAGGUUCGUCAGCCCUUUAAUCAUCCUGGUUAUAUUAGUUUUCUACCUGGUGACUCAAGCCCAGCAAGAACUCACCUAUUUAGUCUGGGACCCGAAUUCAGAGGAGUUUCCAGUUCUGGCAUCCAUCCCGUACCCAUCAUGGAUCAGUGUGGUUAUUUUUCUCUUGGCAGGAAUCCCCAGCUUGGCAGUGCCUGUGUACGCAUUAUGUAGGCUGGUCUUUAUCAGCUGCAAGCAAAAGAAAAAAGCCUGUAAAGACUUUGGUCAUGUGUUUUAAAACAGCACAAGGUCGGAGGAAGGUUGUCCCAGUCAGCCUUACAUCAUGUCAAGCACCCAGCAAUUCUCCCCAAGAAGUCUCAUGUGUCAGCCCUCCUCAUCAAACACUACCAUGAACGUGUACUUCACCAAGGAAGAGGCAUGA